AUUCCUAAGACCCUCACUUAGGCAUAAUUUUGGAUAGAACUGGUGUGCCUAGCCCAGCGCUGAGUUGUGACAUCCCACAGAUCCCCGCUGAAAAUAACUGGACUCUGCAAAAGUCGCCUGGGGAAUUCACCGGGACCUGGUGCUAUUUCAGCAGCGCCUGCAUCGCUCUCUGUUCCACGGGGCGACCUGCUCCAGAUAUUCUGCUCCUUCCCUCACCUGGGAGACCCUUGAACCAAGCCCCUGUGCGCUGGCAGGAGAACAACAAAGAACCUCCUUAAGAGAGAAGAAAGGGGAGGAGAAAGCACUGCUCCCUGGCUAUAGCAACCCCACCUCCAGUUAUUUCAUCUUCCUUACAAGGCCAAACCAGACGCUUUCCUCUCCGCCUGGGUCCCUUAAAAGCAGCAGAGGAUCCCGGAGGAGCGAGGGUACCGGGAUGCCAGGGUGAUGGAGCGAGCGCGGUGCAGGCGGCUGGUGUGGCAGUGUCCUCUGAACCCCAGCCCAGGUGUCCACUGAUGCAGACCAGCCAAAGCAGCGUGAAACCAAACACAAAAAGAGAUCACUGAGGGGGGAAAAGUGCAAGAUGAGAGGUAACAUGAAAAGCUGGCCUUUUGAGAAUAGCUGCCAGGAGCUGUGACAAAGCAAGGGAGUGGAGGAUCGCUCAGCAGGUUCUCAGCCGUCCCGAGGUGUGUGCUGAGGUGGGGACUCAGUGGCCAAGGAUGGAAGUGCUGCGCCGUUCCUCAGUCUUUGCCGCGGAGGUGAUGGAGGUUUUUGACAGGUCUCCCACUGACAAGGAGCUCGUGUCCCAAGCCAAGGCUCUGUGCAGAGACUACAUCAACUCCAGGCUGAUCCGAGCGGGUGUGAGCUGGAGCAAAGCUGAGCCCGGCACGCUGGUGCCUGGCGGGAAGCUGGCCGAGGUGUCCACCAUCCUGCUGCGACUGGGAGAUGAGCUGGAAUACAUUCGCCCCAAUGUCUACCGGAAUAUCGCCCGCCAGUUAAACAUCUCGCUGCACUCGGAGACGGUGGUGACGGACGCCUUCCUGGCAGUAGCCGCGCAGAUUUUCACCGCAGGCAUAACGUGGGGCAAGGUGGUGUCCCUGUACGCUGUGGCAGCGGGGCUGGCGGUGGACUGCGUGCGGCACGCACAGCCAGCCAUGGUUCACACCAUCGUAGACUGCCUGGGAGAGUUUGUCCGCAAGAGCUUGGUGACUUGGCUGAAAAAGAGAGGAGGCUGGGCAGACAUCACAAAAUGCGUGGUGAACACCGACCCCAGCCUUCGCUCCCACUGGCUCGUGGCUGCUGUUUGCAGCUUUGGGCACUUCCUCAAGGCCAUCUUCUUCGUCCUGCUGCCAGAGAGAUGAAUCCGAGCCUCCAGCUGCAGCCCCCCGGCCCCAUCUCCUCCCCGGCUCCAGAAGCAGCGGUGAUGACAAUCUCCGAAGAGGAGGAGAGAAGAACUGGGACAAACACAAGGCUUGUUCUCCUCUCCCUUCAGCUGGGAGCAGGUGACCAACCCCAGGCUCCUUUUUGUAGCCACAGGAGCCUCUCUCACCAUUAAUUCCUUGUUUCCAUGGGUCGCUUGUGUGUGGCCUGGACACUGCCGGCCCCUGGGCGUGCUGCCUGCAGCAGCGUGUCAGACAUCCCGGGCUGUCGGACAUCUCUCUGUUCCUUAUGGUUGUGUUGCAUGCUUAUCCUCAUGCCAGGCAGAGGGGAGGAGGGAAGGGAUAUUAUUUGAAAUAGGAUAGAAAAUAGGAGAGGGGGAGAGUCCCUCCUUCACUCCAUGUGAGUCCCUUUUCAGUCCUCGGACUCGCUUUGCAUCAGUUCUUGUUACAUUUGUGCUUAAGCCCCAUCUCCUCCUUUAUACCCAACUCCAACGUGGCGGGCUCUCCCCACAGCACGGUGGAGGUGAUAAUGCAGCCGUGGGUUUUCCACGUGAUAAGAACAAACACACUGUUGUCAGAUGCUUCUCCCCAACGCAUCUUGGACAUCAGGGUGAUGUGCAGGAGGUGAGGGCGGCUGCGUGUGAUGCGGUUUGCAAGUGUAUUGCAUUGAUCCCUCUUGCUGUGCCCACACACCGUUCCAAAGAGCAGAGCAAGGUACCAUUGCCUUCAAGCAACAACCUGGGACAGAUAUUUGUAAUGAAGAAAAGCCUUUUCUCCUCUGAGAUUUCAUCAGAGCUCAGCACGUGAGUAGGAAAGGCUGGGGGCACGGGCAGGAAUUAGGGAAACAGCAAGUGAACUGUCUGGUGGUGUGAAGGGGAAAAGCUGUGUCAAAAGUAGCUGAUUUAUGUUUCUCCUUUAAUGUGUUCAGAAGUACAACUCGCAGUUAUCUUUGCGGCAAACAAUAAAAGAAAAUAGGUGGUGUUUCACUAUUGCAAA